AUGGCUCCUUCAUCAUCAUGGUCUGGUCUUGUUGAAGAACUCUUGGAGUCCAUCUUCAAUCGCUUAGAAGAUCGAGUCGACGUCUUCCGAUGUGGGCUUGUUUGUGCUCCAUGGCGAGCAAUGGCUCUUAAGAUCUACCCUAAGUUCAUGCCUCUAUUGUUUUAUCCUGACAAAACCCUAGAAGAGAACACGAAGGCUACUAUGCUCAACAUCGCAACAGGUGAAACCCUAAAACUUGAUCUCCAAGAAACUUAUCGUGAAAUGAUUCCUUGCUCGUCCUCCUCUAAUGGAUGGUUCCUCACUAUUGGCCAUGAUUAUCAACUAAACCUUUUGAACCCGGUAUCGAAUACCCGUAUCGAGCUUCCCCAGAUUCCAGAUAUGCAGCCACCAAUAGUAUGGGGUGGUAAUUAUAUUUGUAAAACUAGGGUUUCUACAUCAUCAUGUCCAUUGAAUCCAGGGUGCUUAGUUCUUAUAUGUUAUAGGGAUGGAUGUGGAUUGGUUUUUUGUGGGGUAGGAGAUAAAGAGUGGAAAGCUUUGAAUAUAAGUACUAAUUCAUUGUUUCUCAAACCUUUAGAUACUAUUACAUGGUAUAAUGGAAAAUUCUAUGUCAUCGAUAGGUCUCGAAGGGUAUGGGGAUGCAAUUUAAGUUCAAGAACCCUAGAAUUGGCUUGUGAGCUACCCAAUUCAACAAGGUAUUGUUAUCCUUAUACAUUUUACUUGGCGGAGUCAUUCUUUGGUGAACUUUUGUUGGUUCUAAGAGCUGGUAAUCGGCAUUUUCGAGUGCUUAGAUUGGAUUUGGGAAGGAAGGAGAUGGAUGAGGUGACAAGGUUGAGGAAACAAGCAUUGUUUCUUGGUUCCGACGGAUCGGCAUUGGUUCACAUGGACAACACCAGAUCGAUCAGAGGAGAUUGUAUAUAUUUCAUGGAUCCCGGCAAACCUCAUCAUCUCUUGGUAUAUGAUAUCAAUACCAAUAACACUAUUGAGUGGCUUCCAGAAAUUGUGACUGGUGAUCAGCAUUAUUGGACGAUGCCGUAUUUGUCUACUCAUUCAUGA